GUUUUUGCAUUUAUUAUCAUACAAUAUUUCUUCCCAAUUAUUCGUAUUAUAUCUACCGAUUUAGCAAUUCAGAAAUUGCAAUUUCUCACUCAGUGAAAGAAUUGAAGAAUUCCUCUUACUCACACCUCCGACUUCGGCGCCAAUUUUCGUAAAUUCUCGUCCCAGUAUUCAAAACCAUCAUAAAUUGGGGAUUUAUUUACAAAUGAAUAAUAGCAGCAAUAGGCAGAGAAACCUGGGCCCCGGGGUUCAAUAUUUACUGGAUUAUCUAAAAAGAAUGCAGUCUGAGAAUCCUGGUUUUUUCUAUGCGUUUGAGGGUGACAGUGAGCUGUGUGGGAAUGUGUUUUGGGCCGAUGCUGCUUCUCGGUCGAACUAUAGCUAUUUCGGUGACACUGUUAGGGUUGACACGUCGUAUAGGUCCAGCCGGUCUAAGAUACCAUUCGUCACCUUCACCGGUGUAAACCACCAUGGUGAUCCUGUCCUCUUUGGUUGUGCAUUGCUUCUGAAUGAAUCGGACGCCUCCUUCGUCUGGCUGCUCCAGACGUGGCUCCGUGCAAUGUCUGGACGCGUCCCUGUGUCCGUCACUAGUGAUCCCGAUAGGCUGAUUCAGAUGGCCGUGGCGCAGGUGCUCCCAGAGGCACGUAACCGCUUCUGUAGGUGGAGUGUGCUCAGGCAGACGCAGGAGAAGUUGGGCAACGUGUGUCAGGUGAACCCGAGCUUCGACUUUGAGUUGAGGAAGUGUGUGAAUGAGGCCGACACGGUUGAGGAGUUCGAGUCUUGUUGGGGGAGUUUAGUGAGUAGGUACUAUUUGAUGAAUAAUGAGUGGCUGCAGUCUUUGUAUAAUAUCCGUGAUCAGUGGGUCCCGGUUUACUUGAGGGAUGUGUUUUUUGGGGAACUAUCCGCAGUGGACUGCAGUGAUGCCUCGAGCUUUUUCUCUGACGGUUUCUUGAGCAGCUCGCCCACGAUACAGCUGUUGAUUAAACAGUAUGAGAAGGUUGCUUCGAGCUGGCACGAGAAGGAAUUGAAGGAUGACUUUGAUACGUCUACUGCUACUCCCGUUUUGAAGACGCCGUCCCCUAUGGAAAAGCAGGCUGCUAGCCUUUACACUCGGAGAAUUUUCAUGAACUUUCAAGGGGAACUGGUGGAAACCCUUGCUAAUCCGGCAACUAUAGUCGACGAAUCCGGUGGAGUAACAACGUAUCGGGUAGCUAAAUUUGGCGAGGAGCACAGAGCUCACACAGUCAGAUUCAGCACGUUUGAGAUGAAAGCUACGUGUAGCUGUCGGAUGUUUGAGUUUUCAGGUAUCACUUGCAGACAUAUACUCUCGGUUUUCAGAGCCAAGAAUGUGCUCAUGCUCCCGUCUGAAUAUGUUCUGAAACGCUGGACAAGAAACGCCAAGACCGGUUGUGGAGAAGCCAUGCCCGGAUCUGCUUUUGGAGGGCCAAGCACUUAUCAAGAAUCUCAAAUUGUUCGUCAUGAUAAUCUACGCCAAGAAGCUCUGAAGUACGUGGAAGAAGGCGCGAAAUCUAUACACGUUUACAAUGUGGCAAUGAACGCUCUGCAAGGGGCUUCAAAACGCGUCGCUGCUGUAAAGAGCAGAAACUCUGGCUCUGCCCAUUGCACCAUUGAAGCAAAUGGAGGAAACAAGGAGAUGCACGCAAUCAAGAAUCAAUCUUCAUCGUGCCUAUCCCGGGAGGAGAAGGAGAAGAAAAUCCAAGAACUGACAGCAGAAGUGGAGCAGACGAACCAAAGAUGCGAAGUGUAUCGAGCAAUUCUGCUUGCACUUUUCAGAGACAUGGAAGACCAGAAGCUGAAGCUCUCAGUGAAGGUCCAGAGCGCGCGCCUUUCACUAAAAGAGUAAGCAUCGCGCGAUCCCCCUUAGCUACGUGUGCUCGUCUCUCACAUUGGACUAGCCUCCUAGUCUCAUGCUAGUGUUGGUUAUGGAUGAUGAUGACAUGAGGGUGUUAUAUAUAUUCUUCUUUGUUUCAUCUUCUGUUUUCGUGCUACCUUGGAGUAAGCAUUGCGCGAUCCCCUUAGCUACGUGUGCUCGUCUCUCACAUCGGACGAGCCUCCUAAUCUCGUGCUCGUGUUGGUUGUGGAUGAUGAUGCAUAGUGACUGAACUUGAGGGUGUUAUAUCCUUCUUUUUUUCAUCCUCUAUUUUUGUGCUACCUCGGAGUGUACAUUGCACGACCCCCUUAGCUACGUGUGCUCGUCUCUUGUAUCGACCGAGCCUCCUGGUCUCGUCGUCGUCGUGUUUCAUCUUCUAUUCUCGUAUCUACGUUAGAGCACAUCUAAGGAUGUUGGUGGUAAUAUGAAAUGCUAUAUAGUAAUGUUUAGAUCUUGUAUUGUUUAGUAGAAAUCUAACUUUCUGGAUUCCAA